CUCCUUAACUUACUGAAACCCCCAAGAAGGAGCAGUGUCAAGAUGGUGGUGUUAUGGAUGAUGUUGCUUGUUCUUCAUCAAGGAGAUUCUCUGGUUCCAGUGAAAAUGGUUCAGCUUGGUGAACCAGCAACCUUAAAAUGUGAUAUACCCAAAGAGAUCAGCAGUAAAGUAUACUGGUACAGGCAGAGUGUUGGGGAUACACUUAAAUUAAUUGUGACACUAUAUCGAGAUACAGAACCUGUGUAUGAUUCUGCAUCUUUGAAAUCAAGAUUUUCUGCAAAGAAUGCAAACAAUUUUAGCAAACUGACUAUUUUGGAGACGGUCCAAGAGGAUGAGGGAAUUUAUCAUUGUGGAAUGACAGCAUGGCAUAAUCUUGAAUGGAGUGGAACAUAUUUGUUAGUUAAAGGAAAGACUGAAAGGACAUCAAACUAUAUUGUCGUACAGCAGCCAAUAGAAUCAAAUCCAGUGCGUCCAGGAACCACGGCAAAUCUACAGUGUUCAGUUCUCUCUGAUUCUGAGAACAAGACAUGUCCAGGAGAUGAUAAUGUUUUCUGGUUCAGAAGUGGAUCUAAUAAAUCUCAUCCAAACAUCAUUUACACUGAUGGAAAUAGAACGAAUCGAUGUGAGAAAAGAUCUGACCAUCAGAAAAGAUGUUUUUAUCAACUUUCUAAGAAUGUCAGCUCCUCUGAUGCUGGGACUUACUACUGUGCUGUGGCCACAUGUGGGGAGAUAUUAUUUGGAAAUGGAACUACACUGGAUAUUCAAGAAAGCAGUGUGUUGUCACAGACAGCCAGUACAGUUGUUUUUCUGCUCAGUGCUGUCAUGUGUAUAAGUCUCUUUAUUAUUGCUGUCCUCAUUUACAUAACCAAGAAAAACAACAGUGAUCAUCACAAAGCUCCUGGUAAUGAUCAGAAAACACAACAGGACAUUUCCCAGAUUAAGGACACACAGAUGUUUUCUGCUGUUGUCUUUGCCGUGAUCAAAGUUGAUAUUUGUACAACAAAGGUUGUGAAUGCAGCAGAGGAGCAGCAGAUCUAUACAGCUGUCAAAGCUUUUGGGCUGGAUUAG